AUUUGUUUGAUUGUGCUUAAGUUAAAGGUAAACUAUAGUCGCCCCACCUUCGCUGAUCCCAGCCGGCAUGAGGACCUAAUGCAUGGUGAGUGACACGCUCGCGUUAGGACUUCCUUUAUAGGAAAGCAUUGUAUAAUGCUUUCCUGUGGGGUUUUGGGUGAUGCUGGGUGUCCUCAUGCAGGUGAAUGUUCAGGUGAGUAAUCCUGUGAGCUUUGCAGGGUAGGCACCAAGUGCCAGAGGGACAGCUUCCUGCAGAAGUCGGCAAGAGUUUGUCCAGCUUGGACAGCACUACGGACAUUGCUCCAGUGUAGUCAGAUGUGGGGCAUGUGGGAUCUGCCAUUUUAAGUGUGCCUGUUGGUGGAUUAGCACUGCUUAUAGCAGAACCGCAUAUCCCUGGAGAUGUGAGUGAGCCUUUAGGGUGGGGACCGGGACCACCCCCACUGGUCCAGAGGGAGUGGGAUAGCGGGGCUUCAUUAAAAUUUGGCCGAGGAUCAGCCUGAGCUGGUUUGAGAGAUCGUCUGCUAUAAAAUACAUAGUAUUAACUAGAGUGUCAGUUUAGCUGGCAGGUUUCCGGUUUCAGCAAUUUUUAUAGUGAAAAGGUCAUUCAGAAAAAUGAACAAGGACCCCUGUGGGGGAUAUUCCUGGAGGCAAAUUUGACCUACUCCAUCCCUUGGCCCUUGGCUGAGGAAGGAACUUGCCCUGUCCACCCUGACCCUUUAUUAUACAUGCCCUGUAUAGAAUUGUGAGGGGAAGAGGGAGGAGCAUGGCCUGAUUGCUGCAGGUUUUGCGAGGAUUCCCUGGACACUUAAAAAUUUUUACCAAUUCAAGAGUUACAUGGCUAUUUACUAAGGUGAGAAUUGUCUGUAAUUCAAAGGGAAUUUUAGAUUUUUUACUAAAAUAGCCAAACUGGAAGCACAGCAUACUUGGACAAUCUUUUCAAUUCAGCUAUUUUAUCCUUAAGUUUGAAAUUACCUGUGAUUUCCGGACAAUUCUCACUUUGGUAAAUAACCGUGUCUGCUGAGAGCAUUGUGGGUGAUUCCUGCUAAAUGAUGUGUUUGAGGAUGUCCAUCAUCAGUUAAUGAGUGUUCUAAUGGUACUAUUUAUUGAUGCUAUAGGCUCCUUACCCUUCAGGUGAAGGUGCAGUAUUGUGAAGAACCUCAGGCAGAAUGCAGAGUGAAACUCUUAUUAGAUAAAAUACAUGUGUGGAAUGUAAACCCUUCAUUGGUGUUUGGGCAUGUACACUGUUAGCCCCUGGGUAUUUUCUUUUAAAACCAACACAUUACAGUGUAAAAUGGUUUGCAUGUACUAGUAAUUACAUUUAGUUUUUUUUCCCAUUAAUUUCUUUAUUUAUGUAUGUAUGUAUUACUGGCAUUUAUAUAGCACCAACAUAUUCCGCAGCGCUGUACAAUUGGAUUGGGGUUUAUACACUAAGCAACUAUUUGUAGUGAACUGAAAGCAGAAUUACAGCAUUCAGGCAGAACUGGCUUGGAAAAACCUCCCCAACUCCAUUAUAGUCACAGUCUGGGUAUUUAAGUCUAAAUUUUGAAAUUCUCUAGAAUUUAAAUUUUUCAGGACACACUAUAUGUCUUCAUGCUUAAUGGAUUGCAUAUGAAUGGUGCUUCCCUGCAGUAUAUGGAUUUCAUGGGGGAGGAUUUCAUAACUUUAGGAUUCCAUCAAGGAUAGAUCCUUCCUGCAGCAUUUAAAUACUAUAUACUACAAGGCAGCACUAUUCGUGCUGUCUAACAGAAGGAAGCACUAUGUCCAGAAAAAUCAUGGUAGAUCUGUUAACCUUAAAACUACAGACAACACAGCCUGCAGUACUCUGUCAUAGCAGUAUCGAUGGAAUGCAGGGGUGAAAUAGGUGUUCUCUGAGUAAGAGAAUUAGUUACAGUUUCUGCAAUCUGUCUCCCUGCAUAUCCUGUGCCUGCCCAACCCACUGUGAGUACUGUCUACAUUUCCUGCUUAUAACCUGAGAGAAGACACGGACUCUUAAUUCUCAUCGAGAAGGCUGGACAGUGAUACACAACUUUAUUUCCUUGAGUCCUGUGAUUUACAAGAGGUGGUGAGGUGAGUCCAAUGGCUAAAAAAAGGGAAGAAUCAGAAUGAUGAGUGUAUGAAGGGCUCCAAAAAAUACCAGGCUAAUUAUAUUAUUAUUGAUCCAGGCUUAACAGUUAUCUAGGGGUAAGAAAUGGAAUACUAGAUAAGGCUGUGUAAAAGUGUUUGGGUGAUUUUGGAAUACUGCUCAUAUCACACUCAGGCAGCAUUUAAAUAAGAGGAAUUGUAUCUAAGUGGCAUCAACCAUAGAAAUAAAAUAACUAAAUGUUCCAUAAUCUGAAUUGUGAUCUGUGUUCAUUACCAGCCAGAGUACCUUAAUUAAUUCAUUAAGACUUAAUUCACUACACAGAACUUUUUGGAGAACUGACAGAGGAAUUCACAUCGUUAGGGAACAAGAUUACAAAAUCACCUUUUUUUCCCCUUCCCUUCCAGUUCUGCUAUUAUUUCCAACAUUCACAGUUUUUGUUCUUAACCCCUUAAUGACCAAGCCUCAGUAUGCCUGUUUUGUACUUCAGUACCAAAACUAUUUUGACAUUUUAAUGUUUGUUUUCAACCACAGUUUCUGUCGAUCUCAUUUAUUGCACCAAUAUAUAUAAAUAUAUAUAAAAUGUAUUUAUAUUAUAGGCUGCUUUUUUUUUAUUUUUUUUUAAAGGUUAUUAUUUAAAGUAGGCAUCACAGCCCAUUUACUGAAGUGUAUUUUGACACAUUUAACGGACAAUUCCUGCUUAAUAUUGUAGCAAAAUUGUUGUUUUUCUGAUUUGUUUUUAACAUACACACAUAUAACAAAUAUAACAAGGUUUUUUUUCAUGUAUACUUUGUAAACCUGGCAUGUGCUAAAACUAUACAAUACUCCGUAUUGUGGUAAUACCCCAUAUUGUGUUCAGCUGAACAUCUUCUGAGUACAAUACCCCCCAAUGUAUUUCACUAUCAUUUGAAGCCACAUAUAAGAGACCUGACCAUUUUGACUUUUACAGUUAGAAUUUUAAAGGGACACUCCAGGCACCCAGUCCACUUCUGCCCAUUGGAGUGGUCUGGGUGCCAACUCCCACUACUCUUAACCCUGCAAGUGUAAUUAUUGCAGUUUUUUUAUAAACUGCACUAAUUACCUUGCAGGGUUAACUCCUCCUCUAGUGGCUGUCUGCUAGACAGCCACUAGAGGGCACUUCCGUGUCCCUAGCACAGGUUGUGUGAGGACCUCCAGCGUCGCUCAAUUCCCCAUAGGAAAGCAUUUUCAAUGCUUUCCUAUGGGGAGCUCUAAUGCGCAUGCGUGGCAUUGCCGCGCAUGCGCAUUAGGUCUCCCCGUCCGGUGGGCGGGAUCAGUCUCGCCCAAUGGUCGACAUAAUACAGAGGAGGAGCUGCGGCGGAGGGAGAAGCAGUGACGUGGGACGUGACGCUGCCGCUGGUAAGUUACUGAAGGGGUUUUCACCCCUUCAGCAACCGGGGAUUGGGGGGUGGGAGGGAAAGGGGACCUGCAGUGCCAGGAAAAUGGAUUGUUUUCCUGGCACUGGAGAGUCCCUUUAAGAGAUGAAUUUGAUAGACGUAUUUCUCAUUUUGGGGUAUUGACAGUUCAAAUCACCCCUUAAAUGCAUAUCAUGUGCAAAACUAAACAUCACAGAGUAUGUCAUAUCAAUAUUUUAAUCCAUAUUGUACAGCCAUUUUUGCACCAAUUUCUUUCAAAGUGUAUGUUAGCUUUUUUUUUUUUUUUUUAACUUGAUGUGUCCCACUGUAAUGAAAAUCACUACAUGGUUCAGCUAUAUUUGAAUUAGUGUGUGUGUGUAUAUAGCAAAAAAAACUAAACUUGCCAAAAAAGAAAACAUUAAACUCUGCUAAUUUAAAAGUUUAUACUACAGUGCAAAAUCUUUUUGUGGGGGUUCCAAGAUGUUGAUAUACUAUGUCAAAGGUUUCAACGGGAAAAUAUAAUUGGGAACCCCUGCCCUGAUUUGUUUGACAUGACCUAUGUUCCAUAAAACCAUGCUGAUAGUUUCUAAUAACAAUGUUAUCCCCACCAAAUGUUAUCCCUUAAUAAGCUUUCAAAUAGUUUCCCAGCUGCAGAAAUUAACCUCACAGGUCUAUAAUUUCCAGACAAAGAUUUAGAAUUGUUCUUGAAUAUAUGAAACACUUCUGUCUGCCGUCAGUCCUCCAGUACAAUUCCUGAAAGAAAAGAAUUUUGAAAGAUUAAAAACAGAGAUUCAUUUAUUUCCACACUUGGCUCCUUAAGUACUUGUGGCUGAAUACCGUCAGACCCUCAAGCUUUGUUUACAUUAACUUUCUUCAGCUGCUGCAGCACCUUGUAUUGAUUCAUCUAAUCAUAAUUUUUAUGCAGGGUUUUGCAGCAAUCAUUUACCUAUCUCUUGCCAUAGGAUCGUCCUUAUUAUACACUAUGGAAAAAUAGUUAUUUAAAAUGUCUACCCUUUCCUCGUCUUCAUUAACAAACACGCCCAUCUCCAGGGCCGGCACUACCAUAAGGCAUCAAGAAGAAUUAGGGCGCUCCGGCACGGUGGGCGCAAAUAUCUACUUGACUAUCAGGAGAGGAGUGCACAGCACUCUUCUCCUGAUGGUUAUUUUCUGUAGCGUGGUCGAGCGCCAGUACCUCUGCUGCCCGGCGCCGGAGCAGAGGGCGUACGAGGGAGCUCCAACCCAGAUUCGCUUUUCCUGUAUAGCUCCCUUGCACGCCCUGUAGAGUUCCUGGGAGCCAGAAUGUGACGUCAUAUUCCGACUCCCGUGCACCACUAUGGGGCGCGCGAGGGAGCUAUACAGGAAAUGCGGAUCUGGGUCGUAACUCCCUCAGAGGAUCACUGCGGCAACCCACUGGACCCCAAGCUGUGAAUCCACUCCAGUUCUCCAGAAGUGUGUGUUUCUUUUUCACAAUACUAUCCCUCCCUCCCACCAUUGCCCCAGUACCCCACACUGCUGCCCUGCUCCCUCAAUUCAGUUACCAUCCCCCAACCACCAUAGCCCCAGUCCUCAUAAUGCUGUCCUGUCCCUUAAAACUGUUCCGAUUUCCCCCCUCCACCAGAGCUCCAGUCCACCACAAUGCUGCCCUACACCCCACAAUACCAUGCCUGCCCCCAUACUGUUCCUAUCCCCCAACAUAACCCCAGUCCCCAACAAUACUGUCCCUAUCCCCCCUCCCACCAUAACCCCAGACCCCUAUACCCCCUCCCACCAUAACCCCAGACCCCUACAAUACGGCCCCUGCCCCAUCACAAUAAAGCCAUAACCCCCCACAAUACUGCCCUUAUUCCACCCUUGCUAAAGCUCCUAUCGCCCCCACAAUACUGCCUCUGUUCCCCGAUAUUACUACUAUAGCCUCUGUCCCAUAGACACAGUACUGCCCCUAUCCGCCUACUAAAGCCCUAUUGUACAGCGCUACCGAAUUUAUUGGCGCUAUGUAUGUUAUAAUAAUAAUAAUAAUAAUAAUAAAGUCCCUAUCCCACACAAUUCUGCCCCUUUGCCCAACACUAAAGCACAGUGACACAGAAAGGAGCUGAAAGUAAGAGACACUGGACAGGGGGGAUAUAAUAUACUAAAGGAGGUAACAUAUUCAAGAGGGGAUAUGUAACACUAAAGGGAAUAAGAAAUUCAAGGUUUUUUUUUUAGGCAAACAGGUGAAGAUACAUUUUUGGGGGAGGGGUGGCAAACUGCAUAUUCACCUGUGUAUCCAAAAAUCAUUGCACUGGCCCUGUCCAUCUCUGCUUUCAGUUUAUGUGUGUGUGUGUGUAUGUGUGUAUAUAUAUAUAUAUAUAUAAUUAUUUGUUUUUGUUUGUUUUUUAGAAUUGAUGUGCUUAAAAAUGUUUUGGGCUUCGUUUUGCUAUCUUUGGUUAUCAUUUUCUAGUCUAGCCACUCUGCUUGCCUUUUUGCAUGUUCCUUUUGAAGAGCCCUCCACUCUAUCUGCAGUUCCAGCCUCCAGUGCAGCCCGUCCCACCCAACCACCAUGGAUAAGGUUCUCCCCUCCCUGGCAAGCCUCUGAUAAGGGAGGAAGACCUUUUAGUAUGUUUUUUGUUUUAUUUUUUUAAAUCAAAAGUUUUUUUUGUUUUUUUUAACAACCCCUCUUUACUGCCCAUGUGUCCCUAUACUGUCCUGUGCCAUCCUCUUCAGCCCCUGUCCCCCCUAUUGCUUUUGUGCCCUCCUCUUCAGCCCCUGUGCUCCCUCUAUAGCCCCUGCCCUUACCAUACUGCCUCUGUCCCCCUUUUACAGCCCGUCACCUCGCUACAGCCACUCUAUUUCCUUCUAUAGCCCCUGUCACACCUCUGCAGCCCCUGCCCCCUCCAUACUGCCUCUGUCACCCUUCCACAGCCUCUGUCGUCCCUGUGCCCUCCUCUUUUUCUGCAAUUUUGGACGCUCUACCGUCCCCGUGGUCCCUCUACUGCCUCACCCCUCAACUGUCCCUGUUCGCACCCUCUACUGUCCCUGUCCGCCCCCCACUACUGCCCUUGUUGCCCCCUCUACUGCCCCUGUGCACCACCAUAUUGCCCCUGUCCCCACCUCUACUGCUCAUUUACCCCACCAUACUGUCCCUGUGAAACCACUAUAUUUCCUCAGUGUCCUCCUCUACACCCCCUGUGUCCAACUCUACUGCCCGUGUGUCCCUCUCUAGUGCCCAUGUGCCUCCACCAUAGCCCUUAUACACUCCUCUACAGCCUCCAACUCCCCUACUUCACAUCCCUUCCACUACAGCCUAUAUUCCUCCACGUGCAGUCCCUAACCCCCUUUUACACGCCAUAACUACACUACAGCCCUAACCCACUUUUACACCCUGUGUCUGUAUGUCUCUGUAUGACUAUAUGCCUGUGUCUGUAUGUCUCUAUAUGACUGUGUCCGUAUGUUUCUGUAUGACUUGUUCUGUAUGUCCCUGUAUGACUGUGUCCAUAUGUCUCUGUAUGACUGUAUCCAUAUGUCUCUGUAUGCCUUGUUCUGUAUAUCUUUGUGUGACUAUGUCUGUGUAUAUAUGUCCCUGCAUGCCUGUGUAUGCAUGUCUCUGCAUGCCUGUAUGUAUCUGUGUGCCUGCGUCUUUAUGUCUCUGCAUUACUGUAUCUUUAUUUCUCUAUAUGACAGUGUCUGCAUGUCUCUGUGUGUGUCAGUAUGACUGUAUGUCUGUGUUUGUAUGACAGUGUACCUGUAUGCGUUGAUUGUAUGACUGUGUACCUGUAUGACUGUGUUUGUUUGAUUGUAUGCCUGCAUAAUUCUGAGACUGUGUGUGUGUGUGUGUGUGUUGCUAUUUAUCUAUGUCUAAAUGGCUUGGGAGGGAAAAGAUACACAAAGGGCCAUGAGGGGAAGAGGGACAGACAAAAAACAGGCAAAGAGGCAGGGGGGAAAAGAGAUACACAAGGGGGUUUGUAAGAUACAAGGGGGGUGUAAGACACACUAAAGGGGGGUACAAUACACUAAAUGGGGGUAAGAAUUUCAAAAGGGUGGACACGAGACUCCGCUAAAGAUGCAUUUUAUUUGGGGGGCGGGGGAUGGCAAAAUUCAUCUUGCCUGUUUAGCCAAACCUCCUGGCACCGGCCCUGAUUAUAUACAGUCACAAUGCUCUUACAACAGUUUAUUUAUUUAAAUACACUUUAGCUUAUUUAGCACUAGCACUAUUUAAUUUGCAACUAAAGGGGCUCAAUGUAGAUUGUGUAGUGGUUAUUGGAUGACUUGGUUAUAAACUAGUAAAGUUUUCAUUGAUUUUAGUGGUAUUAUAUUUAACAUCACGUAUUGCUUUAUAGAAGACUUUCCGUGGUGUUGAAUCAUACGUUAAUACUGGCAUUCACAGGGUAAGGGGAGAUAUUGCACCAUAAACGAGAAGGGAGAAUGUGGUUAGAUAAACUUGCACUUAGUUCUUGCAUAUAACAUUUAGCAAUAUCUUUAAUUAAACUCUGGGUUCAUUACUAGGUCUAUGUGAGGACUAGAAUUGCCCAAGGCUGGUUAAAGUGACUUCACUAAUAAGUCAUCUUUAACUUUGAACUUCUGACACUCACACUUUUUGUAAUUUCAAACCUUUUUUUUUUUUUUUAGGCAGUUCUUAUAUAUAUUAAAGGGACACUAUAGGCACCCAGACCAAUUCAGCUUGUUGAAGUUACUACCCAGGUCUUUUAACACUGAUCAGUUAAUUAUUGUAGUUUUUAACAAAGCCAGACAGCCACCAGAAGGACUGCUAGGCUGUUAGGCGACUUUUGGUCGCCUAACUGAUGCUGGAUGUCCUCACAAUAUGCAUGGGGACGCUCAGCGUUACACAAAACUCAAUAGGAAAGCAUUGAAUAAUGCUUUCCUAUGGGGGAAUCCUAAUGGCCAGGUGGCCAUUGCAGCUCAUGUGCAUUGGUUUUACCCUGCCGGCUGACGUAAAAGCGGGCCCAUAUAAGUGACAGAUGGGUUUUUAACGCCUUGACGGAGGUGGAAGCUAUAGUGCCAGGAAAACUAGUUUGUUGUCCUGGCACUAUCAUUUUCCCUUUAAACAUCAUCAUGCUCAUUUUUUAUUUACUAAAUUCCGAAUUGGAACAAAAUGAAAUCUGAAGGCAAAAUUUGAAGGGUUUAAAGGCCUUCGCGUUCCAGAUGUUGUAGAGUGCCGAAGGAUGCCAACCCUUGCCCUAUGGGGCUUAACAAAUAGGUCCCCCACAUCUUAAAACCUGCAAAAAGGGGGAGGAUGGGUGGGAGGGAAAUUACAUUUAAAAAAAAAACUUUAACAGAGGGAGGUGGAGGUAGCACAGGGAGGGAGGGGUAACCUAGCUUCCCCUUAUAGGCGUGCUGUGUGCAAGUGGAGAAGAUUUAUUUAUUUUUUGUCUGUUGCCAGUGCGCUAUGCGCACCGAUGUCAGAUUUAAAAUAUGCACAGAACUGAAAUUAGGCAGAGUUUCCUAAUGGGGCUGACUAAGUCACAUGUGCCAUGUCUGUAACUAGUUCCUGGCACACAAGUGCAAAAAACAUAGUUUUAUUGGAGAAAUUCUUAAGCUCAACUGGGUCACAGUUUGGUUAUUUUAGUCCUAGCCUGCAUCUUGGAACUGAGAUUUAAAUUUGUUGCAAUUUGGAGUUUACUGAAUAAACUCCAAAGGGCUAUUCACUAAAUUGUGAAUUGCUGAAAAUUCAAAGGGAAUUUAACAUUUAGGCUACAAUUGAAGGCUGAACUGAACUUUUUUUUUAGACACCUAAAAGGGUUACUCCAACCACCAUGAUUAUGUCAGUGAUUUGAAGUGGUUAUGGUGCUAGGAUUCUGGAUGCGCAGCAUUUCUGUUUGUAAUUUCUUUGAGGAACUCAUUUUUGUUUGAAAUGCUGCACAUACAGAGAUAUAUAACUUUUUGUGUCAGGGGGCUAGUGACAACCCCUGCAUACGAGAUUUGUUCAGCAUGGAACUCUGUUCCAGACCGCCGAAUGUCAAUUCUGUGCAUAUUUUACAAAUUUCAGUUUGACAAUGGACAUAAUUGCCUUCUCUUUUGGAGGCAGAAGCUUCCUCACCUCAUUCCCUCUGUGUUGUCUUUUGCUACUCAACAUUAAAUUAAUAGCUUUUUUUUUUUUAAAUGAAAAACCCUCCCCUCGUCGGCUCAGAGCCUGCAAAAUAGAACGAUUGGAAUGCUCUAUGGCUGCUGUGAUGUCUGGUUUUGGCGAAGAGAUUUAACCUCCCUGGUGGUAAUCUCGAGCGUGGCUCAGGGUUAAUUUUCAGUACCAAAGCUGGUAACCCCAAGCCACGCUCAGGAUUACACUGUAGUAUCACUUACCUUGUCCCUACGAGUCCCUGGUGUCCACCUACAGUGUCCUAUGCCCAAUGCUGGCAUCUGGCCUCCGUUUCCCUGCCAGCGCCGCCUGGCAGAACCAGACGGGAAAUAAAAAAAAUAAAAAACAUACACACAAUACAUUGUAAAAACAAUGUACCACUUGAACAUACUGAGAUAAUCAGACUGCCAGGGAGGUUAAAGUAUGUUUUUAAAAAGUUUUUUUUCCACCAUUUAAGGGGGAGAGACCUCACUAGAAACAUCCAAUAGGGCAUUAUAAGGUACAAAACCUAACGUGUGAAAAAGAGUUUGAGUAACUUUUUAAUGCAGUGGUUUAUAACACCAAUUUAAAAACAAAACUGAUUACAGUCCCCAUCAUGCUGAGCUACCAUACCUAAUUAUAUUUGAAAAAUACUACAAGACUGAACUUAAUGCUAGUAAAUAAUUAGAUUAUCUAUGUAUUUAAAGUGUGUCUAGAGGCAAUGUAAAUCAGCAAUCCUCAAAUUAAAACAAAUAAAUUCUGUAACUAUCCAAAAAAAAAAAAUACAAGUUAAAACAAGAAGUAAGAUACUUGAGGAAGUUAUGGGAAGGAUUGAGCAAGGUGGGGUUUCCACAGCUCACACUGGAGUAUAUAACCCAGAUCUUUUCUUAAAAUUCUAGACACCACCAGCUGGAGAUCUCUGAUAGGUAAGGGAAACCUUGCAUGAUAUUUUCUGCUUAUUUUAUGUUGAGUUAACAUUGCAUAAAACCUACAUCGACAUAUCAAUUAUAUCAUUAUACUUUAAAUCAGAUACUAGUUCUGCCAGUCUUUUUAUUUUAAUGACUUGUUACAUUUCUAGAUUCACCUGGCACGCUUUGAUGUAAAUUGUGGAUGAAGUAGAUUAAGUGACAAUUCAUUACAAUCUGUGUUUAUAAACACUCGGAUUUAACCCCUUAAUGUCCAACGGUCGUCAUAGCAAUUUGUUCUUUAUGGAUUCUGUACGGAAAUUAAGGGACCCACUCCAUGUAGCUAUCAAAGCAAAAUAAACAGAGGAUCACAUUAGUUUUUUUUUAAUGAUCCGAUUGCGAUGACAUCAAGGUUUAACAAUUGGUCAUUAAGGGGUUAAAAAGCCCUUGAUAUUCUUUAUGCCACACCUUCUGGAAGUCAUUUUUUUAGUUAAUAUUUUACAGAGUUUAGUACCUAACUGUAAGUAAUAAAAUAUUUGAAAGUGAUCGAAGAACUGAACUAGAAAAUAUUAUAUAUCUAGCAACUCAAUUGUGAUUAUUCAGAACACAUUCAUUCCAAAUGACAGAACUGGGGGGGGUAUAGCUCAUUUGGGGGGGGGGGGUGUUAACAUUAAACUCUGAUUCAUAGCACAUUUAAAACUGUAAUUGCAAAAUAUGCUGAUCUGAAAAAAAUCCCCAACUCCGUUAUUUUCAUCUAAAUGUUGGCGUUCAGAUUGGGAUUCACUACGAUUCACAAUGUAGUUAAUCACCUCUUUGUUGAAAAGAAAAAAUUGUUGGAAAAAUUUUGCUAUAGUUAACUGAUAGCUAUUUUAUUCUGAAUCUUGUCAUUUGUCUUUCAACUGGCUAUUUAGUGAAAUCAAACUAUGGAACGAUUCUUGCAAAGUGACUUUACUUAAUUAUUUGUUUUUUUUAGGAGAAUUUCUGUUCAGUUUUUAGGGAUAACCAUUUAUUUUAAGUAAUGUAGCUCCUGCAAUAUUACAACUAAUCUGUCAGUUGUUUUUGUUAAAAAUUGCCACUUGUCCACUGUAGCUUCAUCAAGCUGCUCGCACCUUCCCCAAUUUAUGUUGGUCUAUGACUCCCAUAAUUCUCUGGCAUUGCCAUACAGAAUUCUGGCUGCUCUAGUUUAAAAACAUGGAGGAGCAAAGUUUACCGACCCCUGGUAAUCAUCAAUUUGUUCCAUAUUGUGUAACGCUGACACAUUUAAGUAUUGGGUAUAUUACUCUCUUUUAUGGAUUUACAUCCCUCCCAAGAAGUUAAUAAAUGAGUGACAUAUUUGUGCGAUUUAAUUGCGGGUAUGAAAGUUGGCCACUAUCUGCCUGUAAAUUCUGUUUGGUUGCUUAUUUCUAAUGUGGUUCCAGAAUCCAGCUGUUUGGUUGUAAUCCAUUCUGUGUUCCUAGUGACUAUUGCAAAAUCUGGACAUUGAUAAAACUUGUGAACAAUGUUCAAAUGUUAUGGCCCUAUUGCCCCUGGAUGGUGCCGGAUUAUUACCUUCUAAUCCCUGAGGUCAAUGUAAACUCCUUUUUUUUUUGUUUUUUUUCUUCAAACUUUACUUUUUAUUUUGUUUAGUUGUAAUUUGUACUCACGUUUAACAAAAUCCUGUCUGUAGCUUCAGUUUAAACUUUAAAUUCAUAUCAAAUUCUGAUACAUUUUAAAUUCUACAUAUUCCUGUAUCACUGGGUUCUGACCAAACACUGAUUAGAAGAACAUUACAUCAUUACUUGUUUUCUGUUGUGGGAACAUCAAACCAAAAUAGUUGUGUAAAGAUUGUGGUUUUAUCAAGCAUUUACUGUUUUUGUUUGCUUUUUGUGGGUAACAUUAAUGUUAAGAUUACUCAUGGUUUUAAUUAUUUAGCAAUAUUAUUCAGUACUUGGAUGAUUUUUCAGGGCUAACUCCCAGUCUCGGAGGAGACAAGCUCUAAUUAAUUUGCUUGUACUAAUAAAUCUGGAAGUAUAGAACAUUUUUCUACCUUUAUAAAUCUGUAUAACUGGUAUUCUCUAGCGGUGGUUCCUAACCUUUUUCUGGACCAAGACACACUUUAAUAAGAAAAAAAUAUACUCCACCUCUUUUAUUCUUUUAACCUUCAUCAGAACAUUGUAAAUAUCACAUUUGAAGCCUUUCUAGAUAGAUAUUGUAUACAUACUUUAUAGCGAAAAUGUUCUAUUUAAUUGCCAGAUGGGAAUCACAAUUUUAAUGCUGACACUUACUACAAAAAAAUAAAUAAAAACAAGACAAUUUAAAGACAAUAUUCAACAUAUUACCACUCUGGUGUCAAGGUGUUCAUGUCACAUUUUAAGGACAGUAUUCAACCUGUUACCACUCUCGUGUCAAUGUGUUCAUGUCAUCAUUUUAAGGUGGUUUGAGGCAUACCGUUUGAAAACCACUGCUAUCAAGUCUUGCCAUAGUAAUAGGCAGACCAAGCUGUCCAAUAUCCGGUCACUACAGUAGUUAGCCAAGUGGAUGAUUUUCAGUUUUUUAUUGAGAAAUGUAGAUGAAAACUCUUAACAUUGUGAACUCAAUUUCAAUCAGGUUGUGAAUAGGCUUCAUCAGUUUUAACAAGUUUGAUAAGCAAACAUGACCACCUGCCUGAGAACAUGUUCAGAAGUGUUUUUAAUUUCUUUUUCUUUUUUUUGUGAAUCAGUAAGCUGCCAUGUAAUUGGCUGCUAUGUAGCUGAUAUUUUUAUAAUACAAGCUUACAAUAUUUUACUAUUUUAUCUAUAUUUGGGUGAUUAACUGUAAUGCUCCAGCAGGCCACAUUUUAUAGUUAGAUAUCUCUCCUUCAGUAUGUAAUAAUACUUCAAUCAUUAUAACCACUAUAGCUUGCUCCACAACUAUUGACCGAGCCAAAACCUCCUAAACCAGAGCUUCUGCAGGCUCUCCUGAUCUAAGCCUUGCAGUGCAGGGCCAGCUAAUUGACAAAGUGUGUUGGUUGACUGCUCUCAGCCAAUGAACUAAGACUUGCACUGCUGGGUUUGGCUCAGAAAGAGAACCUCCGGCUCUUUGGUGGAAGUAAAGAAUACCGCUAGAGAAUACCAGUUAUCCAGAUUUAUUGGGCUUACCCUACUGUCUAAAAUAGUCGAAGACGUUCCAGGGCAGUGAGCUGUAGUGGUCAUGGUGCUUGGAGCCUUCCUUUAAACUGAUAGCACCACUCAUGUAACUUUUCUUGCCUUCUUAAGCAGAGUGAUUAUCAAGCACAGACUUUUACAUGGCUUCUUGAGGUGGAUAGUCCAAAUGCUUAAUGGGCACAAAGAAAGAUAUUCACAUAAGUAACCAUGUUGUGGAUUAUAUAUUAAAUAUAUUCUCUUUUCUUUUUCAGAAAAUUGAGCUGUAUCAAGGACUGCCUAUAAAUAUGAACGAGACGGAUUCCAACUUCUCCUGCUACCACCCUUCAAUUGUGGACUACCGAUAUGUUGGAGUGACAUGGGGUAUCAUCGUAUCCAUCGUGGGUACAGUAGGAAACGUGCUUACUGUGCUGGCAUACCUUCUGGAUAAGAAGUUACAGACCCGUUUUAACCUACUCAUACUCAAUCUGACCCUGGCCGACAUCCUGUAUUGCUCAUUUCUUCAACCUUUCUCCGUAGAUGCUUACCUCCACCUGUACUGGAGAAGUGGUGCCACUUUCUGUCGAGUAUUUGGCAUGCUUCUGUUUGUCUCCAACUCUGUAUCCAUCCUGAAUCUGUGCCUCAUUGCCGUCAGCCGAUAUAUACUCAUUAGCAACAACAAACUCUUUGAUAAGAUCUUUUCCAAACAUGGAACAUUACUCAUUCUUUUGGGGACUUGGGUGAUAGGGUUUGCAAGCUUUGCACCACUUUGGAACGUCUUUGUUUUGGUGCCUAAAGUAUGCACCUGCAGUUUCCACCGGAUAAGAGGAAGACCGUACACCACCAUUCUGAUGGCAUUUUACUUUGUUAUUGGUCUUAGCUGCGUUGGUGUCUUUUACUUCCUAAUUCACCGUAAAGUUAAAUCUGCUGCUAAAGCUCUGGACCAAUACAAACUUAAAACUGCUACAGUGCCAAAGGGACAUGUUGCUGGUGUCACUUCAACAACUCCAGGUGUAUACCACGAGCUAGACAGUGGGGUGGAUACUGCAGCUUCAAGUGAGGUAAUUUCGGAACAGGUUCCCUCUUCCAAGAGUAAUAUUUCAAAUAUUUCUUCUCAGUCCACUGACCAGGUGAGAUCAGGAACAAUAUCAAAACCUAAAGACGCUGGUUCCGAUUUUAAAAAAGUUACCCGUAUGUGUUUUGUGGUCUUCAUCUUUUUUGUGGUGAGCUACAUUCCCUUCCUGCUACUCAACAUUUUUGAUGCUAAAAAUACAGCCCCCCAGAUGCUUCACAUGAUUGCUGCAAAUCUCACCUGGUUAAACAGCUGCAUUAAUCCCAUCCUCUAUGCCGCCAUGAACCGUCAAUUCCGUGAUGCUUACAAGAGAGUCGUCUCACUCACUGUCGGAAAAAUAAGAAGAUGGUAAAUAAAAAUUGGACAUUAUUACUUGGAUAAGUCACACUGAGGAGGAUAAAUGUUUACUCAUAUAAAGUCACUGAAUUUAGUAUUUUAUGGGCACAAUAUGAAAGUAUGCACUGUAAAAUUGUAACUAAAUUAUUUUGUCAAUGUGUAACACUGCUGUUUUGUGCCUGCAGCUUCUCUGUUCUCUGUGUAUAUAUAAAUGCU